GAACGCGCCCUGAGCGGCUGCCUCUCUUUCUCUCUCUCUCCAUGAAAUAAAGGAGAAAACAUUUUUGACAUUGUAAUAAUAAAAUAACUCAUUCUUCCGAUGAAAUAAUUACGGGCAUGCUACAGAUAGGAAGGAGGAGGGGUGAAAAAAAAAACCAUGAGCGCAGAAAGCAGAAGUGCGCCGCCGAAUCUCUGCAGCUCUGCAGGAAAUGCUCUUUCUAUUACACAUCCGAACGACCUCAGCGCCAGGUCCUUGUAGAGACAUAAAACCCCGGCGUGACAUUUCGGCUGAUCUCGGGGCUCUCCGGGCGCCUCAAAAUUACGCUCGCGGGUUAGGUGGGCGCCUGCCGUCCCGUGCGACCGGACCCGUGCGAGGUGCUUUGGCGAGGGGGACGCCGAGUGUUUUUUUUUAUUUUCCCCCGCGUCGCGGAGGAGCAGCGCGGCGCGACGCGGCGCGUCCGGCCCGCGCGGCGAAUUUCACGCGCGCCUUUCGCGCGAGAAACCUCCCGAGGGGCGCGCGACCCGAAAGACGGGCGCUGGGCGCAAAAAAAAAAAUCGCGCGGCGGGAGCGCGCGUUUCCGACCGCGGCGCCGUUCCCAUAUUGAGGCUCGGCCGCGGCGUUCCGCGCGCGGACCGCUUUCCCCUUCCAGGACCUGCGGCAAUCCAUUCAAGCCAACAAGUUUGGAGAGAAUGUUGAGUUUAAUCAAUUCAGAGCGUCGAGAUGGAGCCCAACUCACUCACGUGGGUCGGCUCACCUUGUGGCUUGCACGGACCCUACAUUUUCUACAAGGCGUUUCGGUUCAAGUCUGAAGCCCAAACCCGAAUAUUGUCUCUCGGCGAUUUUUUCUUCGCGCGCUGUAAACCGGAGGACCCGGUGUGUAUAGCCGAGCUGCAGCUGCUUUGGGAAGAAAGGACAACCAAGCAACUUUUAUCCAGCUCCAAACUUUAUUUUCUGCCAGAAGAUACUCCCCAGGGAAGGACGGUCGCUCACGGAGAGGACGAAGUGAUCGCCGUGUCAGAGAAGGUCAUAGUGAAGUUGGAAGACUUGGUGAAAUGGACAGUGUGGGAUUCAUCAUGCUGGAACAAGGGCCUGCAAGCACUGCCUCUAAAGCCCUCAAUGCUCAAAGAGCUGGGCAAGAACGGCCAGAGGGAAAGCCUCUACCGCUUCCGAGAGUCCACGCUCAACAGUGGCCUCAACUUCAAGGACGUCCUAAGAGAGAAGGCAGAACUGGGUGAUGAUGCAGAGGAUAAGAGGGUCCUGGUGCUAAGCUAUCCACAGUACUGUCGUUACCGCUCCAUCAUUGCACGGAUCCGUGAGCGGCCUGCUUCACUCCUGACGGACCAGGUGGUACUAGCUCUGGGGGGUAUUGCUACGCUCACAAGCAACACUCAGAUUCUCUACUGCAGGGACACAUUCGAGCACCCCACACUGCUGGAGAACGACAGCAUCUGCGACGAAUUUGCACCCAAUUUAAAGGGCCGGCCCCGGAAGAAGAAAGUCUCCAUAUGCCAGCGCAGAGAUUCGCCAGCCCAGAGUGGAAACACCAAAGAGCCUGCCAGUGUAGAGGCCAAGGCACCCAGCAAGGUGAAAGCAGAAACAAAGGCAGUGGUGUCCAAACCUAAGAGCAGCAGCUGCAAAAAGGUAUUGGCCGAAGAGAAGAGCAAGGAGGAGACAGGGGAGGAAUGUCGUGCCGAAGAGCAGGCCUUUCUAGUGGCUCUCUACAAGUACAUGAAAGAGAGGAAGACCCCUAUUGAGCGAAUACCCUAUCUAGGGUUCAAACAGAUAAACCUUUGGACGAUGUUUCAAGCUGCUCAGAAGCUGGGAGGAUACGAGCUGAUCACAGCCCGCCGACAGUGGAAAAAUGUAUACGACGAGCUGGGUGGAAACCCAGGCAGCACCAGCGCAGCGACGUGUACACGGAGACACUACGAGAGGCUAAUCUUGCCCUAUGAAAGAUAUACGAAAGGAGAGGAGGACAAGCCACUACCCCCCAUCAAGCCCCGAAAGCAAGAAGCCAGCACCCAGGAGGGGGGCACUAAGGCAAAGGUGCCAUCCACAAAGCGCCACAAAGACGAACAAAGUCCAAAGGGCUGGAAUGAAAAGGAAGCCUCGGCGAAAGUCCCCGAGCCGGGUACAGAGGACGUAAAGGACAAAGAGCUGCUUCAGGAAGAGGUGAUGGUGAAGCAAGAGGCACAGCAGUCCCAGGUUUCAUCCCAGAUAGAUGCCGAGGCAAGAACUCCCACCACAGAGGAUGUAGACAUACAGUUGGUUCUUAAGGAGGAGGAGAAGAAACCAUUGCUCAAGAAAUCCUGGGACGGUGGUCCACAUGAAGCUAUCAAACACACCUCGAUUCCACAGGAUGGCAUGCCACUCAAGUCUGAGGAUUCUGAGGUGUUUCCCAUCACUGCGUCUAUGCCACUACGGCACUCCCACCCCCUUCCCAACUGUUACAUACAGGACCAAUGUCAGCAUGGGACAACAGAAUACAAGGCACCUCCAUACACCCUUGGAAAGACAGAACAGGCUGGUGUAAAGGACAGCCAGAACCAUGUGGGAAUGGUAUUACCCACCUUGAAGCAAAGACCUCUACACCCUCUAUCAGUACCAGGGAUCCCAACAGAGAGGGCUGAACUCCCCACCAAGGAGGAGAGCUUCUGUCACAACCCACUCUUGUAUCCUAGAUGCAACCCUGGCAUUAUGUCUCCCCUAGCUAAGAAGAAGAUGCUUUCACAAGUUAGUGGUACUGGUUUGGGCAACAAUUACCCUUAUGGUCCACCACCCCCAUUAGUUAACAAAAAGGCAUCGAGCAGUAGUACAGAAGAAACAGCUUCUGAACAACCCGGCACUCAGAUCCCUCCCUCUAUAGGUGAGGCAAGUGCAGUUAUCAAGCGUCCAUCUGUCAUCCAGCAUGCACAGAGUUUUAAACCUCGCAGCAGUGAGGACAGAAGACCUGCUAGUGAGACCUCACAUAGAGAGGUGUGUGGUGAGAGGGAGAUAUAUCCUUCUGAACAAGCCCAGCGUCAGACUCUACACCAGCCACAGCUCAGUCCUACAGGAGAGCCCUACAUUGUGCGAACCAAUCUUCAUUCCAGUGUGGAGAAAUCCAGCGAGGUACCUCGUCCCGGCCAGGCACCAAAUUUCCAUGGUGAUUUCUGCUCCUCCCCGCACCUGCACAGCCUCUACCGACAGACAGAGCACCAUCUAAGCAAGGAACAGCUAAGCAAGUACCUAAACAGAGAGGCUUACCCACGGGACUGUGAAACUGCACAUGGGUUUCCUCAGAGUCAGCAUCCAGACAGUGGAAGUCUAACUUACUCACCCCAUCUGAAUCAGAAAGAAAAAGGUACUUCUUGUGAAAAGGUGCCAGAGGAGCAACCGACAGAUUUGAGCCUCCCAAAACCCUCUUUACAUAAAUUGCCCCACUCCACCUCAUCUCUGUGCAACCUCUCACAUUCCAUGAUGCAGCAGGACAUUAAAAACACUCCUCUUUUUCAGGCAGGUAACAGUCAAAGCUCAAGCCUGGACUAUCACCCCAGAGCCUGCCGUGUUCCUCCUAUGACUGUGUCUACUCCAAAAAAGGUGGUUGAACCCCAGCUCAAAGCACACAGUGGUCGAGGAGAAGAGACAGUUAGUUACAAGAUAGAUGAACUGGCUCGGCCUAUUCUAAGCACCAAAUGUAGCCCACAAAAUGUUGGUGCAGCACGGCCACUUAAACGGAAUCUAGAGGAGUUGGAGAAUGGAGCCACAGAAAAGAAGAUCCGAGCUGUGACCCCCAUGCACUGCUCCACGCCUAGAGAUAUUCCAGUGAAAGUGCGGACCCCAGAGCCUGACAAUGAAUCCAUGAAGCCGGCUGAGCCGGCACACGCGGUGCACAUCAACAGCUAUGCUGCCGAGGGACACAAGUUCCCAAUGCACUCCUCAAUUUUUCCAGGACUGUAUCCUGGGGCAUUUGUAUCUCAGGUUCAGGAAAUGUGUGACAGCCUGGGCCCUCAUGCUCCCCCUAGUUAUUCACAUCCACUGCAGUACUUGAAGAACCAGGCUGUCAUUUCACCACUCAUGCCCCAGUUUGCUAUUCAUUCCAUAAUGAUGCAGAGACAGUUCUUGGCCCAGGCGGCCAAUCCAGCCCACCUGUACAGGCACCCAAUGGGGACUUCAUAUGGAGACAUUCUACAUCAUGGCCUUUACCCCAUGACAGCCCUCAAUCCUCAGCCAGCUUUCAGUCCCCCACAGCUCUCCUCAGUUCAUCCUAGUACCAAACUCUCUUAGAAAGAACUAGACAUUCCGCUAGCUGGAGUGGCCUUGCCCACACUCCUGACUCAAACCCAAAUGGUCCCUAUUCCCAAUAAGCAUGGCUAUGCCAUCGACUACACAGCUAGCGGCAUUAGAUGCUUUUAUUUUAGGAGCAGUGUUUCUGUUAUUUGUCUUUUUGCCACUUAAGUUUAUGAUUUGCACAUUUCUUUGAACAUGGGCCAGCUGAGCUGAUUGUGUCUUGUUCUCAAAGCGCUGUUUGCUGGUAUCAGUUGUCUCGUUUGAAUAAUGUCGCUUUGGCAAAGGUAUGUACCGGAUGGAAGAGCAGGAACUCUCACUAAAGAUCUGAGCGUCCAGUGGAUCUAAACAAGUGACAAAUCAGUGCAAUCACAGUAAUGCUAUUUCAAUCAAUCUGUAGAACUCUGAUGUGAAACACUAUUGAUGACAGAAAAUUUACAGGAGAAGCUGCCUGGUGAACUAUUGUAUGUUUGCAUAUUAAUCCUUACUGUGCAUCUUUUUUUAUUUUAUUUUAUGUAUCCGUGUGGUAGCUUAGUGUUUCAAGCCUGCAGGGGUUAAACUACUAAGAUCUAAAUAUUGCUCCAUUUACAAGAACCACAAAAUGAUCUGAACAUUGCAGUUGGUUGUAUUACACAGCUACAUGUAAAUAAAAUUAACUAAGCUUUCCUUGAAAGAAUCUUAACCUUGAACAAUAAAAUGUGAGUUAGGUUUCACACGCUUUUCUGACCACCCAUCUGCUGGCAUCCCCUUGAGUUUUUCUCACAUUUAGCAAAGUUCCCACCCAUUUGCCAGGGCAAAGUGGAAUGUGUUUGUCAAAUGUAGGACCGAGGUGCUUGUACAUAACCUUAGCUAACUGAAAACACUUUGUAUUAUGUUCACUGGCUACAGUAAUUUCUGACUGCGCUGAACCACAUGUUCGAAAAAUGGGAUCGGAUCACUUUGCUCAAGAUGGGAUGAAGCUUCAGGACUACUUUGGUGUCAGAAAGUGGCUUUUGUCUUUGCGGACACACAUUUGUGAUCACAGUUUACUCAGAGCAAUUCUUUUUAAGAGUUUUACCAGAGAUAUACGAGGCUACACUCGGGGAUGUGGGGGUGGUGUGGGGGAGUUUUAGGAGCACUUACUGAAGCACACACAAAAGGCCCCUGCUGAAAGAUGUAUAGCAGUGGAUGUCAAAAUUUGCUUAAAAUAUUCUGCAAAGACGUGUUAUGGCAAUGAUAAGUUCUUCAAAGCUGUGUAAAACAUGUAACACCAAAAAUGGUUGUCAUUUAAAAAAAAAAACAUUACAAUUGCACAAAGAAUUUUGGAAAAGAACCAAUACAAUUUGAAAGUGACACAAUCUUCUUAGGGUUUUUGUUUCUUUCUGUAUUAGUAGGGAAAAUUAAACUUAAAUGUUCAAGAAAUGUAUUUACUCCAGCUGUUUGGAGUAGCACUCAAGGUUGCUAUGUAACAUUUUUAAUGAGAAAUAAACCAUUUUAUAAGUUGAA